CGCUCUCCUCCUCUCGGCUCUCGACUCUCGACUCUCGACUCUCGGCGAUCUCGUCGUUCUGCGAAGGUCGGAACUGCUCUCCGACGAACACGAACGGGCACAGCUGCGAGGGUCCUUCCCUUCGAUUUUUAUUGCGGUGAUCUCAUUCCUUUCUUUUUUCUCUUGUUUCGUUUCGCUUGGUUCUUCAUCCGUCGAAAUUUUGAUUAGGGUUCAGAAUUUUUGUUGGUCUUGGGGUUCUUUUAAUCGAUUCUUGGUUGUCGACUUUCUUGUGGGAAGAUCGAUCUUUCUGGUUUUCUCGAUCGUUUUUCGUCACCUAGCCAGUCUCGUUCUGGUUUCGAUUGGAAAAUAUGUCUUCUUCGCGUUCUAGGCGUGUGGAGUACGACCGCUUCAUCCCGUUCCGGUCGGCGAUGGACAUGGACUACGCACGCUUUGCCCUAACCGGGCCUUCGAGACCGCAGCGUGAUGGUUCGAGGGAAUCCCCAUCGAGCGUGGCGUACCAAAAGCUUCUUGACGAGUGCAUUUUGAAGAACAGGUCUCGUAUCCUCGCUUUCAAGACUGCACCUGAAGCGUCGGCCAGCAAGCUGCCCGAGUUUGACGAGCCCAUUCGGCCGCAGAAGAAGCAGCAGAGGCGAAUCCCUAAAGAACCAGAGAGGGUUUUGGUAAUCCACGGCUUGUUGGAUGAUAAUGUUUUGAAUCUCCUCGACUGGGGAAGCAAUAAUGUGUUGGCGAUUGGCCUUGAGGACGCAGUGUAUCUCUGGGACGCUGCAAACGAGUCGACUAAGCUUCUACAACCCAAAGAAGACAGAGGACCUAUCACUUGCAUCCGCUGGUCGCCAGACUGUGCAGUUCUUGCUGUCGCAUUUGGCAAUUCAGAUUUAUCCCUGAUUGAUCCAGCAACAGGACAUGUCGUGGAUGGGAUGGAAGAUGAGAACCAGGCCCCUGUGUUGUCACUUGCGUGGAGAAGUAAUUCAAUCUUGACAGUCGGAAGAUUUGAUGGCACUGUUGUUGAUUAUGACUUUAGAAAGGAUGACAUGUUCAUCUGUUUCUAUAAUGGGCAUCGGCGUGGAGUUUGUAGUCUUAAAUGGUCCGUGUUGUCAGGGCGGUAUCUGGCGAGUGGAGGGCAGGACAAACUAGUGCACAUAUGGGAUGCCUGCAUGCUUGUCUCACGUGACCAUCCACGUCAACGCCAAUGGCUUCACAGGAUCAGCAGCCACACUUCCAUUGUGAAGGCCGUUGACUGGUGCCCAACUCGGAGCAACCUGCUGGCUUCUGGUGGAGGUUGCAAUGAUCAUUGCGUUAAGUUUUGGAACACCGUUAAUGGUGCUUGCUUGAACUCGAUUGAUGCUGGCUCUGAAGUUUGUGCAUUGCUAUGGGACAAAAACAAAUCUGAAUUACUGACCUCCCAUGGUUCGCCGAACAAUCAACUCACCUUGUGGAAUUACCCAUCCAUGACGAGAGUGGCUGAGGUUUCCGGUCAUUCAUCCCGGGUUCUUUCCUUGGCUGGGAGUCCACUGGGAGGUGUAGUAGCUUCUGCGGCAGCAGAUGAGACAGUCAGGUUUUGGAAUAUCUUUGAGACUCCCAAAAUAACAAAACCUGAACUGCCCUUUGCCCAAUUUAAUGUUCUCAUAAGAUGAAAAGGCGGAUAGGUGGAAAUGAUUAAGAUUCCAAAUGGAAGACUUCUCUAGUGCUUGACAUGAAGAUCUGUUGUUGGGAACAUUGCAAUGGGAAGUUUCGUGGUGUCAAAGAGGCAGCACAUUUUCAUACAAGCGCAUGGAUUCGAGAUCUUCAAAUAUGAGCGCAACCGCCUAAGAUUUCUUAUGAUAUUCAAUAUGGCUUUGGUAUCACAUGAAGACAUCACAUUGCACACCUAGAAGAGUGUUUGACAAUUGAGAGAUCUAUGCAUUAUAAGAGGUAAUUGCCUAUGGCCUUAUGUUUCUAUUUUUUGUUUCCGACUAUAAGUUUCCUAUGAUAUAAGUUAAACUUAAGAAUUUUAUAUUCUUUUAGGAUUAUAAAGAAACUUUGGACUAUAAAGAAACUUUUAGGACUAUAUUCUUUUAGGACUAUAAGUUUCCGACUAUAAGUUUCUGACUAUAAGAUUGAACUAUAUAGCUCUAUUGCCAGAACAAAGCACUUGUAAUAUGGCCUUAAGUAUCACAUGAAGAUAUCACAUUGCCAUAACAAACUUUGAAGAUUGAACCGUAUAACAAACUUCAGAUUUCCUUUUCCAUUUUUUUUUGAGUUGAGAUUUCUUAUAACAUUCAAUAUGGCCUAGUUAUCACAUGAAGACAUCACAUUGCAUAUCUAGAAGUGUGUUUGACAAUCGUGAGAUCUAUGCAUUAUAAGAGGUAAUUGCCUAUGACCCUAUGCUUCUUUUUUCUUUUCUAACUAUAGGUUUCCUAUGAUAUAAGUUGAACUUCAGAAUUUUAUAUUCUUUUAGGACCAUUAAGAAACUUUGAAGAUUGAACUGUGUAGCUCUAUUGCCAGAUCAAAGUACUUUCACAUGAUGAAUUUAAAAUCUUGCUAUGGUGUCUUUGCUAAAUCUUUAUUCACAGAUACAAAGGUAUUAAAGCAUCUUUGGAUUUGCUUAGAGGGUGAAAAUAUGGAAACUUAUGGUGUUGCACAACUAUAAUCAUAUUCAACAACUAAGAGAUCUAUGCAUAAUUUUGAUCUAAGAUGUAACUUCUUAUGUCUUUAUUUUUUGGGUGACUAAAGGUUCCCUAAAAUAUCCAUUAGCCUUCAGAUUUUUUAUGUUCUUUUAGGACCAUUCUAGAACCCGUGAAAACUUUUAUUUGGUGGAGAUCUUAUUUCACUACGGAGUACUUCAUUUCACUUGAAAUAGUGUUUUUUUAAAUGUUUAUUUGCAUAUACAAAGAUACUAAAGCAUCUCAGGAUUUUGUUUAGAGGGUGAAAUAAUUUAGAAAAUUGUGGAGUUGCAAAACUAGAAUUGUGUUUGACAAUCAAAAGACUGUUGAUCAACCACUCAGAUAUUGUUUAAAAAACUGUUCAUGAAAUGAAUAAUUUUCAAUUUGAAAAUUUUCGAAAAUAAAGAUAAGUUCAAGAGUGAAAUCCAAGCCUAAAAUUUUCUGUUUUUAGUAAGAUGUGUCAUAAUUUCUGUAGAAAGCAGUUACUCAACCUAAGAGAACUGCAAACCAUAGUAUAUACCAUAAUAGUAAAGAGAUACCAAACAAAUAAAUCUAUGAGCUUGAUAAAGGUGAGGCAUUGUAAUUCUGUUUAUUAUGUUUUUCCCUGUGAAAUGAACAAAAAUAUCAAAUUUAUAUAUCUUUCCAUGAAUAGAUUAUGUCUUCUGCAACAUAGGUACACUUCUGAUCCUAAGAUAGGGCUUGAAAAAUGGUGUCAAAUGGGAUAUAAUGCAGUUCUAAAGUUUGGAAGUUAGCUUACUAGACCAACAGUUCAUAAAUGCUUCAUUAUAGUGAUAGUGGAGUAGUUUGGGUCCUUCUGAUUAACAGGAUCUUCAUUAAAGGUUUCGAUUUGGAUUUAUCUUGCUAAAUCAGCUGUAGUUGUAGCAGAGUGGUAGCAAUGUUCAUGAGCUUUAUAGACAAGCUUGCUAUGUUUCAUAUAAAUGUUCACCAAUUAAUGACAUGGCUACUAUUUCAGUAUUUUUUCAAUUAUGCUAUUGUGGUCAUUUACCACAAGUUUCAGCAUCCAAGUACUAUAUCUGAAAUUUGCCUUUGUAAGUAUAACACCGACCUUUGAGUUGGUAUUUCUUGUUUCCAACUUCCCUAUUUGUUUACUGAGAUUAAGGUAGCAGCAGCGGUUGUGAUUAUUUAUUGCGAUUCCAGUAAUAUCACAUGUGGUACCAAGUUUGAAUUUGACAUGAUAAUUCUGAUUGAUUUAUUUAAGUCAUCAUUUUUUUUAAUAAUCUAUUCAUGAUCUUGUUGGUUGUAAUGGAGAGACAAAUUAAAUAUUGGGUAAGCAUUUGAAGUUUCCAUCACCAAAGUUACCAUCCCUUCCAACACCUCCACCUCUGUGCCCCUUGCCAUCAUCAUAUAUAUCUUGUAAACUAUCAUUGGCCUUAUGGAUAAGGCUAAUGCGGUGGAGAUUGAUGAUCCUCAGAAAGCUCCAGAGCUUGAUCGAGACAAACAAGAAGUUGCAGUGAAGCUCAUGGCCAAUGGUGCGUCCACCCUUUGCAACACGG